UUAAAAAAAACAUUUACUGAUUUAGUGAAACUAUAGGGGAAUAUUGCUUUCUUUCUGAAAUGGCUGUGUUAAGAAGAGAUUUUUGUGGAAUUGUAUGUUUGGUGAUCACAUAUGUUGCGAUAUUUUAUGCAGAUUAUGUUGUUGUCCGACAUCUAAUCAUACCAUCGAUGUCAAAUACGUUAUGGGGAGCCUUAAAUGCAGUAAUUUUCAAUACUAUCCUUCUUCUUGCAACAGUAUCUCAUCUACGGGCAGUGUUUUCAGAUCCAGGAAUUGUUCCCCUGCCUGCUACAAGUUUAGAUUUCUCAGAUCUGCAUGCAGGAAAACCAAUGCCAAAUAUGAAGGAUGGCUGGAGCGUUUGCAUGAAAUGUGAAGUGUAUAGGCCACCAAGGGCUCAUCAUUGUAGAAUCUGCAGAAGAUGUAUUAAAAAAAUGGACCAUCACUGUCCAUGGAUAAACAAUUGUGUUGGUGAAUUAAACCAGAAGUAUUUUAUCCAAUUUCUCUUUUACAUUGGUUUGUCCAGUGUAUAUGCAACUACCUUGGUAAUUGUUUCUUGGAUAAUAGAUCCUGGUGUCAAGGACAAACAUUUUAAACUGAUGCAUUCUGUUUUACUUGUGGUGGAGUCACUGCUUUUUGGAAUGUUUGUUCUUGCAAUUGGCUGCGAUCAGAUAUCAGCCGUUCUAAAUGAUGAGACAGCAGUUGAACAUGUAAAGAGAGAUGGACCUAAGAGGCACAAAAAAUCAUCAUUCGCUUUAAUGCAAGAAGUUUUUGGUAAAGAUCAUCCAGCACUAUGGCUGUUUCCAUUGCAGUUUCGACCAUAUAACAAUGACUAUUCCAACCUUAAUCUUGUAUAAUAAUGGUGUGUUGUCUAAACAAAUGUAUAAUUACGAACUGUAAUAUGUUUUAGCAUCCAAACCGCAGACGCUUAAUCUCUUAAUUUUUUUUAUGAAUAAAACAAUACUAUACUAUUAGACUUGUAAUAACAAGGUUCGUUAUGGUAACAAUUCUUGUAUGUUUUCCUCUAACAAAUAUGUAAGUGUUUCAAUAUUAACGGAUAUAGCCAUUU